AUGGGUCAAGGAGGAGAAGAAGACAUAAGCAAAGGCUUCGCUGAUGAAGCAGGUACCCAGCACCAUCAUCAUCAAUACGGUACGUUUCAAGGUGUUUCCAAUUAUCCUCCUCCCCGGCCACCACCGCCGCAGAAUUCUCCUCCGGUUACUGGCUUUCCUCAACCUUCUGCUCCUCCUGGAGUUUACGAUCCCCCCGGUCCUCCUAAUUACGCACAUGGUUAUCAAACCGUUCCGGUACAUGGAAUUGCUGAAGGAAGACCUGUGCAUGUGCGACAACGCCGCCUUCCUUGCUGUGGAAUUGGUCUUGGAUGGUUUCUGUUCAUCGUUGGGUUUUUCCUUGGAGCAAUUCCUUGGUAUAUCGGAAUGUUCAUCAUGAUAGUUGGAAGGAGGAUCGACCACAGGGAGAAGCCAGGAUACAUUGCUUGCACCAUCGCUGCUAUUCUCGCAACGAUCGCUGUGGUCCUUGGUGUAACUAAAGGAGCAGAAGACUGGUGA